AUGGCAAGUGGUCGCUACCCAAACCUGGAGACCGGUUCUCCAGAUUAUUCUCCCACCACUGGAUUGAAUGCUCAUCUCUCAAGAAGACGUUCAACCUCCCCGGAUUACUCUUCCUCGGUUGGAAAUUCAUCGGAGGCGCCUAUUCGAAACACCGUCACGAGUUCUUAUGCCCGUCCAACAAUGGUGACCGUUGCUCGAUAUCACUCUCGCACCUCUCCGCGAUACACUGACGCAGAUGAAGAUCGAUCGGAAGCGCCUAAUCGAAAUACCGUCCCGAGUUCUUCUGCCCGACCAACAAUGGUGACCGUUGCUCGAUAUCACUCUCCCACAUCUCCGCGAUACACUCCCACCUCUCCGCGAUACUCUGACUCAGAUGAAGAUCGAUCGGAGGCGCCUAUUCGAAACACCGUCCCGAGUUCUAUUGCCCGUCCAACCCUGGUGACCGUUGCUCGAUAUCACUCUCGCACCUCUCCGCGAUACACUCCCACCUCUCCGGGAUACUCUGACGCAGAUGAAGAUCGAUCGGCGUCACCCAGAAGCUCUGCCGACGUUCAAUCUAUCGAAAAAAUGAAAACGUUUAGGAUUGACGAGCAUGAAUACGUCAUCAAUCAUUUUCUCGGGAAAGGAGAAUAUGGAGUCGUUUUCUCCGUGUCAAACAAGAACCAAGAGAUGUUUGCUGCCAAGUUCCUGAAAGCCCUGCAGUCAGCAUCCAAGAUUGCCCCUGGAGAAAUUGAACUGAAGGUCUACGAUCUUCUUCGACAAUCGCCUCAUCCCCAAUUGUUGCAAUUGGUGUCUACUGGAGACUUGCUUUCUACACCGGCUGGAUUCAGUACCAGAGUCAUUCUCACCCGAGUUCUUGGACUCUCGAUUUAUGACACUUUGAACAAGGCAAAAGAGCGAGAGAUUCAAUCGAGAGCUCGAAAUGGGUCCACAAGCUCGAUGAUUGUUCCAAGGGUUGCAUUUCCGUUGCAAUCUAUCAAAAUGAUGUGCCAGCAAAUUGUAAAUGCAAUGGAUCAUUUGGAGAAUCUCAAAGUUUACCACUUGGACCUGAAGACGGCAAAUAUUUACUUCACGGAAAACGAAGAUUUUCAACUUGAUUUCUCCGACAACUCGCACUCUCUGAUUCAAUUAUCAGAUGUUACCAUUCAAAUCGGAGAUUUCGGAGUGUGCCGCUUUCAUGAAGUUGAUGGAGCUGCGACAGUGCCGAGAAUCGUGCAAACUCAAUUCUACCGAGCUCCUGAAAUUCUUCUCGGACUGCCAUACGAUACAAAGGCAGACGUCUGGUCUUUCGGCGCUGUGGCUGCUGAAUUGUACACCGGAGACUUUUUGUUUCCCGGUGCGGUCGGCCCAGACUCAGACGUUUCGCAGUUUCAAAAAAUUCUAACGGUCACUAACGCACGAAUGCCGCGUGAGAUGAUGAAAAAAGCUGAAAAAUAUGGAUCAGCAAGCAUCGGUGGAAACGUCCAUGCGUAUCUGAAGAGAUCUGCCUCAUCUUCCUCUUCAACACAAGGACUUCUGCAAUUGAAAAGAUCGGAUGAAGCAAAGGCGUUCUUCUCAAUGCUCACGUCUGUUCUCAUCCUCAACCCGGACAGCCGUCCUUCAUUCAAGAAGAUCAAAAAGAACAAAUGUCUUGUCUAA